UCCGCCUGGGCAGCUCACGGGACGGGCGGCGCCAUGGCUGGCAUCAAAGCCUUGAUUAGCCUGUCCUUCGGGGGAGCAGUCGGACUAAUGUUCUUGAUGCUUGGAUGUGCCCUUCCCCAAUACAACCAGUACUGGCCACUGUUUGUUCUGUUUUUUUACAUCCUUUCUCCUAUCCCGUACUGCAUAGCAAGAAGAUUAGUAGAUGACACAGAUGCUACAAGUAAUGCCUGCAAGGAGCUAGCAAUAUUUCUUACAACAGGCAUUGUUGUCUCAGCAUUUGGGCUACCAAUAGUGUUUGCGAGAGCAGAACUGAUUUACUGGGGCGCGUGUGCACUUGUUCUUACGGGGAAUACAGUCAUCUUUGCCACGAUCCUAGGAUUUUUCUUGGUCUUUGGCAGCAAUGAUGACUUCAGCUGGCAACAGUGGUAAAAGGAAGAUACGAGAACUAUCACAGGCAUCGUGUCAUGCAGUGGCCAUCCAUACAAAUGAGAGAAUGGGCAAUAAAGAGAAGUAGCAUAGCAAGCCUUUUGAGUAUUCUAGAUGCUCCUUUUCACCUUGUUCGUUCUGAGUGUACUACUGUUGCUGACAAGGUUUCGACAUUUUUAUGAAGUGGAAAGAGGAUUGAUUUCAUUUUUACCUAUGGUAUGUUUUUAGGUGCUCUCUUGGUUUAAAAUUGUCAUCCUUCUGUUCGGUGUUUAUGUGAAGCUUUAAAUCUUCUUUGAAACCACGUUUAAAUGUUCUUGUUCCAGAUUUAAAGGUGGUUUUUUUUAAAUUUUAUAUUAAGUUAAGCAUUAGUACUGUGUUUCAAAAGAACUUUUUUUUUUAUAUGGUGAUUAAAUUAUAUACAGGCUGAACUGAGGUAAGAGAUUGUGCACCACCAUUGUCAGUUACCAGAUCAAUAGAUUGUUGCUAUAAUUUAGCGGGGUGGGGAGUACCAGUUGCAGAUUUUUCUUCUGCCCAUACCUCAAACUGGGUGAUGAAUGUUGAUAGCCUUCGUUUCAGGAGAAGGCUGAGGAGCAGGUAGAGUUAUUUGGGAGAAGUCCUAAAUUUUAACAGCGCUAGCACUUUUACCUGCUUUGUUACCAAUUCUUGUGUGGAUGUGACGUUCAGAUAGUCUGUAAAUGUAUUGAUGCUACGACGUACAAAACUAAAUUGUAUUGUAGGGGAAGGGAAAAUGAUGCUUAAAUUCCAUUUUUUUAAAAAAUAUCUUUUGAACUCUUUCUAAGUAUUGUAUGGUUUUGAACUUUUAUGUCAGAUUUUUACCACAAAGAUGGUAAAAUGUUCAUUUAUGGAACUACUGGUCUGUGUUAAUUUGAAGCAUAUACAAAGCUAUUUCCUCCUUCCCCUUUUUAAUUUAUUUUAUACAUAGUAUAUAUAUA